CUGGGUGCUGCUGGAGAUCCUCAGGGACUUCCGGGGGACCCUCUCCAUCAAGGACCUCAGCCAGAUGACGAGCAUCACGCAGACCGACAUCAUCAGCACGCUGCAGUCGCUGAACACGGCACUGUCAGUGACUUGGGGUGGGUCAGUGAUGGGUCAGGGGUUACUCAGAGGUUACUCAGGGUUUACUCCAUGGUUACUCACACUCAGCCAGAUGACGAGCAUUACCCAGACCGACAUCAUCAGCACGCUGCAGUCGCUGAACAUGGUCAAGUACUGGAAGGGGCAGCACGUGAUCUGCGUCACCCCCAAGCUGGUGGAGGAGCACCUCAAGAGCGCCCAGUACAAGAAACCGCCCAUCACCGUGGAUUCCAUCUGCCUGCGCUGGGCGCCGCCGAAGCACAAACAGGCCAAGGUGGCCAAGAAGUGAAAGCGGCGAUUCCGGAAAGUUCCGGGAAUUCCAGAAAAUUCCGGGGGUUCCGGAAAAUUCCGGGAGUUCUGGAAAGUUCCAGGAAAUUCCAGAGAAUUCCGGGGGUUCCGGAAAGUUCCGGGGAAUUCCCAACAAAUUCAGGGGGAUUCCGGAAAAUUCUGGGAGUUCCAGGAGUUCCAGAAAGUUCCGGGAAUUCCAGAAAGUUCCGGGAGUUCCAGAAAAUUCCGGGAAUUCCCAACAAAUUCUGGGGAGUUCCGGAAAAUUCCGGGGAUUUCCAACAAAUUCUGGGAAUUCCAGAAAAUUCCAGGAGUUCCAGAAAGUUCCGAGGAUUUCCAGAAAGUUCUGGGAGUUCUGGAAAAUUCCGGGGAUUCCCAACAAAUUCUGGGGGGUUCCGGAAAAUUCCGGGAGUUCCGGAAAGUUCUGGGAAUUCCAGAAAAUUCUGGGGAAUUCCCAUCAAAUUCUGGGAAUUUCCAUAAAAUUUUGGGAAGUUUCCUUC